GCCUCUGCGUAUCUCUUUCGAAUUGUGAUGCAGCCGAUCAUUAACAUUCUGUACAAGAAAUACAAAAUCGGCGAAGAUUACGUGCUAAUUAAUUUUUUGGGUCCAGCCUGUCAAAUUUUUAUUGAUCACAUCCCGGAUAGGUCUCCAUUUUGUGAUGACACGGAUACCGAACUAGCCGAUUUGCUACCGCCAGGUUUCGAGGAUGAUGAUGCUGAGGAAGAAUCAGGAGUCGGUGCGGCUGCUGAUAAGUCUUCGUUGCCAAAUCGAUCGCUUAGUCCUUUAGGUUUAUUGUUUUCUCACUGUAUUUGUGUAACAGCAAUGAAUAUAUUAUGA